CGAUGCCAUGGCGCAGCUACCCUCUGAGCGACUCAUGAUACCAUUAUCGACCGGGGUACAGCUAGAGGGUAUAUUGCAAGCGCCCCGAGCGCUUCUUCGCUCCAGCGCAAGCAAGAUAGCAGUUUGCUUGCACCCUUGGUCCUGGCUUGGGGGCCGCAUGUCAGACCCCGUCGUUGGCAUGGCGAAAGACGUCCUUCUGGAACAAGGCUACCAUGUCCUGCGGUACAACUCGCGCGGCGUAGGCCUGUCGAACGGCCAAGCUUCGUUCACCGGGCUAGCAGAAGGCGAAGACCUCGAGGCCGUCGUGCAGUGGAUGCUGUCCAGGAUACCAGAUGCCGAUACUGUAACUAUAGCAGGUUAUUCGCAUGGCUCGCUCAUCGCGAGCCUGCAUCCUGUUCUCGAGCCGCCGAUACGGACGAACCAUAUACUAAUAUCAUAUCCUCUCGGCCCGCGAGGCUGGCUCACGCUCUUCAAGUCCGCCCUUUACGCCUCGAAGCUCGAGGACCUCUUGCGGAAUCCCCGCGCGCGUGUGUUCAUCAUUCACGGUGACAGCGAUGAUUUUACCUCGGCAUCAGCGUAUCGAACCUGGGUCGAAGGACUAAGGAGUGUGACAGGUGGAGAGGGAAAAGCACAGCUCACUGUGUCGGUUUCUUCGGGUACAUCACAUUUCUGGCAAGGGCGAGGUCAGGACGAUCUAGAGGACGCCAUUGCCCGAUUUCUCCUGGGGAAUUGAUGCUUGUCUUACUUCGGACUGACCUUACCCUUCGGUAUACCUGAAUGACUGUAGCGUAGGUAUGCUCGCGCAUCGACAUGUGCACGCACACGGCAAUUCAUUGGAAGGUCAUC